AUGAUUCCAACAAAUGAAAGUUACGAGCUCAAAGAAGUAAAAUCUCUCAUCAAAGCUUUGAUCAUCUCAAAUAAGGGCGGGAUGCCAAUUAACAAAAUCGAUGAUGAGUAUCACUGUCAAACGGGUGACUUUAUUCCAUACCUUCGCUUAGGUUUCACCUCUCUUUACGACAUGCUUCGUAAUUUUAACGGCAUAAGAACAGAAAGGAACGAGCUUGGAGACGUCGUUUACAGGGUUGUGGAUCUAGGACGCAUGGCGCACAUCGAUGACCUUGUGAGGAAGCAAAAAGAUGAAGUAAUUCGACCUGAUCGAAAACGAAAGGAUCGUCUCACCCGACUUAACAACAACCAACCACAACCACCCAAAAAAGCUAAAAACACUCAUCCAGCGUUUAAUAAUUUUAUCUCUGAAGGAGAGGAUUCUGCGUAUGAAUCAACGGCGUACGACGAUGACAACCAGAGUCCCAUAAGAAUUGAAGAUCCUCCUCGGGAUUUAUUACAUGUUCACGAACCUUUGAUGAACGGUCAACAGUUGAUCGGAGACGAUUUCUUUUUACAACUCGCAAUUCGCAAUUUAAGACGUCCAAUCUGGAGAAAAGCUCCAUGCACAGCUCUUCAUUGUGGAUUGUGUAUUUCUGGAAUGACGAUUCGUGCGCUCACCAACAAGAUUCGCCGUAUCAAAUCGAUGUCUAAUAAAAUUAUUAUAUUAAUUGGGGCUGAAGACGUCUACAAGGGUCAUUCAUUUGAUGAAAUGAAGUGGGACUUUGACGAUAUGAUAGAUUUAUUGCAUGUGCGGUUCGCUUUUUCACGUGAUGCAAUAAAAUUAUGUACCAUUCCACCACUGGCCAACCUGGGAGUCUAUUCCAACGGAAAUAAGCUAGAAGCACUCCGUUGUUUCAAUAACUACUUAAGAUGCUUCGCUUCCAGUAAUAAUUAUGGUUUAGUGGAUUUCUCCACCCACAUGACCAACCCAAAUUUGGACACAGAGUGGGACUUGUUCCAGCUGGAUGCCAGAAUGGUUUCUGGAAGUAGUCAUCCUUACGUUCUCUGGAACAAACGAGGUAGAUGUCUCGCUGUCAAUCUGCUGGCUCGCCCAGCUGAACCUAUUAAUAACGAUAAUGAUAAUUACAAUAAUUGUAAUAAAUACAAUGAUUGUGAUAAUUACAACAAUUGGGAUAAUUACAAUAAUUGUGAUAAUUACAAUAAUUAUGAUAAUUACAAUAAUUUGAAUUAUUGUUAUUAA